AAAUAAAACCCAUUCACCAAAAUGUCAGCACCGAUCUGUGUCAGACAUAAAGUGAAAUAAACGAAUAAUUCCUAUUUAUUAGCGAAUAUAGUAGUGAAUUAUUAUUAAAAUGGUGUCGCGAAGUCUCACCGAAGUCUUCGUGCUAAUGCGCAACAAUGCUAUCCACAGUCGACAAUUGUUUUCGGAACAGAAUGAGUCAGAACGGGUCAGGCUCAUGCGGAGCAGCUCUAAUGACAUGGAGGCGGGGCUGGAGAUACGGUCAGAGACCACACCACCGCCCUGGACAGACGCCUUAGAGGAGGCCCAUUAUAUUAUCACUAGGCUAAGAACAAAACUAUCGGAACUGCAAUCCUGUCACUCGCGCCAGAUCCGAAGACCGGCGUUAGAUGACACGGGGGAACAGGAACACAUAGGCAGACUCACCACGGAGAUCGGCCGGCACUUUACACACGCCUACACACAUCUUACAGCUAUCAAGGCUCAAGUCAGACAUGGUAACAAAACGGAGCAAAAACUAGCAACCAACGUAGUAUUAGCACUAGUAACCACACUCCAAGAGCUAAGUGUCACAUUCCGGACCGCCCAGUCCAACUACUUAAAAUCCCUAACUUCCAGAGAAGAACGAUCAAACGCCUACUUUGACCUACCCAACUUCGAAGAACUAAGUCUUGAAGACGACAACCUACUACCAGAUCUGACGAGCAACCAAACGGACUUACUUUUCUCACUACCCAGCACUUCGGGUACGCAGAAAAAUAAUUUCAUGGAUGAUUAUGAGCAGCCGAAUGAUUUUGAAAAGCCUUCGCUUAACCAAAAACAGUUGUUACUAAUGCAGGAAGAAAAUACUAGAAUGGUAGCCGAGAGAGAACAGGAGGUGAAUAAAAUUGUUCGGUCUAUAGUCGAUUUGAAUGAGAUUUUCAAAGAUUUAGGUCAAAUGGUACAUGAACAGGGAACUAUUUUAGAUAGGAUUGAUUAUAAUAUUGAAGUUACUCAAGUGCAAGUGCAGGAAGGUUAUAAGCAGUUGCAAAAGGCGGAGCGGUAUCAGCGGAAGAAUAGGAAAAUGCAUUGUAUAUUAGUUUUAGCGGUGGUGAUUAUAAUUUUGGUGGUGUUGUUGAUUAUUGUUAAGAGUUAGUUGUUGUUUUAAUUUUGUUGUUGGGAGUGCUUUUUACAU